AUGCCAGAAAUCCUCAUUGGAGAGUACCUCUUCCUCCGGCUCAAACAGCUCGGCAUCGAGACUGUCUUUGGCGUUCCCGGUGAUUUUGAACUAGCCCUUCUCGAUCUCGUCGAACCUCUCGGCCUCUCCUGGGUCGGCGCACCGAACGAACUGAUCGGAGCCUACGCUGCCGAUGGUUAUGCGCGCCUCAAUGGACUUGGCGCUCUGGUGACCACAUUUGGUCCUGGAGAACUGAGUGCUCUGUGUGGUAUCGGAGGAUCAUACUGCGAGUCUGUUCCUGUCCUUCACAUUGUUGGAUAUCCCACCACUCCAGCACAGAAGAGCGGAAAGAUCCUUCAUCAUACCUUGGGGGAUGGAAAGUUUGACCAUUACCAAAGGAUCUCCUCCGAGUUGUGUUGCGCAACUACCGUCCUUGACGACCCGACUACUGCUGCGGCUGAGAUCGACAGUGUUGUGAACGCAAUGAUUUUCCAUUCUAAACCUGGAUACAUUGGCAUCUCUGAAGAUAUUGCCUAUGCAAAGGUAUCCAAUGAGUAUCUUGGUACAAAACUCGCUCGAUGCUUGCCACCAAGUGCUCCAGAGUCUGAGGCUGCUGUCACCACCGAGAUAGUCAGCCAGCUAGAGUUGGCAAAAUCCCCAAUCUUGAUUGUGGAUGGCGGAGCUGCAAGGGCGAGCUGGGCUGAACAUGUCGAUCCUCUAAUCCAAGCCCUCAAAAUACCAUUUCUUGUGACUGGGUUGGGCAAGGGUAUUGCUGAUGAGAUGAGCCCUUACUACCAGGGCUGUUAUGCUGGUGAAGGGUCGUGGCCGAGGAGUGCCAUUGGACUUGUGCAAGAGGCAGACUGCAUCUUGUGGCUGGGGAACUACCCUUCUGAUUUCAACACGGGUAUCUUCACCGAAAAGCUCGACCACUGCACCAUCAUCGAUCUUCAACGAUUCUUUGUCAAUAUUGGGGCGACCAAAUACGACGCUAGAAUCAAUCAUGUUCUGCCCAAGCUCAUUCCAGCCCUAUCUUCGCACUACCCGUUGGCCCAGCGCACGAAACAAAAUACCCAGGUCGAUCAGCAACUAUCUCUCCCAGCAAGUAACAAGAUAGAGCAAGACUGGCUCUGGUCCCGCCUCACCUCCUACCUCCGGCCAGGUGAUCUCGUCAUCACCGAAACCGGCACCGCUCAGGUCGGCAUCACCGCCACCCGUUUCCCUUCUGGGUGUCACGGCUGGACACAAUCCGUCUACGGCAGCAUAGGCUACGCAGCUGGGGCUGCGGCCGGUGCCGCCAUUGCUGCCAAGGAGACAGGCAAAUACAAGCGACUGGUGCUGGUGACAGGGGAGGGGAGCCUGCAACUUACGGUGCAGGCUUUCUCUAUGCUCACAAGAUAUGGGAUUGUCCCGGUGGUGUUUGCGCUGAAUAACUACGGGUACACCAUUGAGCGCUACUUUCGCGGGUGGGACGCAAAGUAUAACGACAUCCCCAUGUGGGACUAUGCCGCUCUGUUCAAGGCUUUUGCGCCUGAUGUUGAGCCGCGGGUCAAGGGUUACAAAGUCACAACGGCGGAGGAAUUAGAUGAGCUACUCAGUGAUGGGGAAUUUUGUGACUCGGUGGUGCCGCAGUGUGUGGACAUGAUUAUGGACCCGAAGGAUGCACCGGAGGCGAUGAGGACGGUUUUCGAGGGGAAGAAUGCCAUGUGA